AUGGUGGGCCAUGAGGAGGACGCCGAGGAGGAUGAGGACGAGUCCCUGGAGCCCCGGUACCUCUACAAGUCGGCCCCUGAGCUUUUUGCGGCGAUGAAGGGCAGCAUGAACAAGUGCGUGAACUUCUCCACCCACAAUACCCUUUUCGACAUCUUCCAGGUGUUUAGGAAGAUCAUGACGCAGUAUGCAGGGAAGCUUUCUGGUUUGCUUCCAAGCAACGGCUCCAAAACCUGUUUGGACGUUGCAGGCGUCCAGGCCGUCUGCUGUGCCAUCGGCACUGCGGAGUAUUGCGACGAGACCCUGCCGCAGCUGGAGGAGUCGCUCCUCAAGGUUAUCAGCGCAGACUUCCAGGACCGUAUUGGUUUUCACGAAGAGCAGGAGAUCCUGCGAAACCUGGUCAACCGCGCAAAUGACGCACUGGUGCAGUCCGUGAGCUGUAGUUUGGAUGAGGCCUUUGGCAGCAUGACCAAGACCAACUGGGCGGCCUUCUCACAGGAUGUGGGUGACCACAGUGCCUUCGUUGGAGACAUCAGCGAACGUUUGCCAAAGCAGUUCGAGCCUAUAGCUCGACAUCUCUCCAAGAUUCACUACCGCUUCUUCUGUGACAAGUUCGUUCAAUCAUUCGUUUCGCGGUUUGUGGCAGAGGUCCACAAGUGCCGCAAGAUAAGCGAGAAGGGAGCUCAGCAGCUCCUUCUGGAUACUGCGCUGAUCAAAACCACGCUGCUGGAGGCACCUGUGAUCGCGGGGCAGGGGCGCCAGAUGCCUACGGCAUACAGCAACUACGUCCUGCGGGAGAUGGGCAAGGCGGAGAUCAUCCUGAAGGUCCUCUCGUCGCCCGACGUAGUGGAUGCGGCCUCCAUAUCCGCCAUGCUUGGGGAAGCAUCUAACACUGACGACCCCCUCGUACAGCAGCUCUUGGCUUUGCGGGCAGCAGGGGAUGGCAGCGACGCAGCCGCAGGGUCCACAGAACCGCAGCUUGGCGUCCCUUCCAUUGGCUCCACGAUGAACUACCUGGGCGAUGCCUUGAACAAGGGUGCCAAGGCGUCGGAAGAUCUGAAGAAGAUCUCCGGCGAUGUCAAGAAGAAUCUGGGGAAGCUGGGCUUCCCAAGCUCCCUCGGCGUGAACUUUGGCUUGGCAGGGAAGAAGAGCGGCCUCUGA